GAGAUACAGUACUCUCAAUCGUGACCUGCUAUGUUCUCGUGGUCCUACUCACCAAGCAUUUCCAACUGUGACAUGUCGUAAAGACGUGACUCCAUACAUUCGUUUUUAUUGCAUCAUGGCUUCUUCCAUCCUAACGCUCGUUUUCUCUACUAUCCUGGCUGCUCGUCCUGUUCUUGCAGGGAGUCGUGCCUGGGAAUCUUCUAUCGUUUACACUCCACCCAGUUACACUGAGCUACAUGGCGACCUUUUCGUGCCUGAGAAAGAGAACGCAACAAUUGGCACGGGUUCUCGGAGGUCUACGAAUACAAUCAAGAAGCGUUAUGUGACCAUCAACCCAGGUACUGCCAACUCUGACGACCGCUUAUGGCCUAACGGCAAGAUUACAUAUUGCUUCGAGUCGAAAGCAACGAAGGAACUUUUCUUCGAAGAUUUGCUCGAGGCGAGAAAGCUAUGGGAAAACUCAGGACUUGGAUCUGGCUUUGACUGGGAAGAAAAAGAUGAGUCGUACUGUAACAACAACGCAAACAGGCCGAACUUCCUUCUCAUCACCAAGAGCGAUGGACUUUCAUGUACUGUUGGCAUACCGCCUCUUAAUAAGAUGAGCGGUGACCCAGAGAACAGAGGGCCCCUGAUGAGACUGACUGCCGAUCUUGAUAUUGGAAAGCAAAACUUGGUUGCCAAUUUUGCGCAUCAAAUGGGCCAUGCGUGGGGUCUGCAUCACGAGCAUCAAAACCCAGCCUUCUGGUCAUCUGACUACGCUGCUGCCGGUGGAAAUGUCUUUGGUGCUUCAAAUUUCAAGUGCCAGAAUCUGAAAGACUACGCCAGCGUCGCUGCAACACUGACUGCCGAUCAAAUGAAAAAAGCUUGCACUUCGAGGGCUUUUGCUAAGGCUCAUCGAUUCAGCGCUGCAGAGUAUCUCCCAUUUGCUGAUUCAACUGCAUACAGAGCGAGCAAGUCGGUUACGGAACCUGAUUGGGACUCUAUCAUGAUUUACGACAGCGGUAUGGGGUCAGUCUUGACCAAGCCGAAUGGAGAUCAGAUCAAGCAAGUCCUUGCUCCCAGCCAGCGUGAUGUUGAGGGCUUAAAACUGCUGUAUGGCAUUUCGCCCAAGUCAAAGUUCAAUCCACUUGGAAGCAAGUCUAAUUCCAAGAGGAACAAGUUCAAUGACAUCCGCAAGAAAGAGAGGGACAGUGGGUGUGGAGAGGUGCCCGAUGAUGACCCGAAAGGGCAAGUCUUGUGUACUCCCGCUACCUGUGGUGGAGGCUCUUGCCCGGCUAAGAAAGCGCGAGCUGUAGAGGCCACAAGUAACCGGAAGGCAUUGCCUCGUGCAAUCCCAACAACAGCAGACCCCGUGUUCGGUUUCCUAAACAAACCAACACAGGGAGGUCUGGACGCUUUUGCCAAAGAGUUCUUCGAUACCAAGCCUUUCUUAGUUGAUUUGGAGGAUGUCGACAGUCGUGAGCGUUCUACAUCCAUCUUUAUGCAGUGGAAACAGGGUCCUUUCAUGGCUGGUGUCAUGGGCCUGUAUGGAUGUACAUCUGUGCUGUUGACUUCUCAAUGUGGAAUGUUCAUGUCACAUCAUUGGGAAAGUUGGUGGAAGGGAAAGACAACAGAAGAGCAGUUCCGAGAUGCAGUCAUCAAGCCGCUAGUAGAAGGCGAUAUCGACAACCCCUCCUUCCUGGGAUUUCCUCAACUUCCCAAGGACUGCUUAACUAAAGAGAAAAAUCUCAAGGCGACAAUAUUCACGCCAACCUUUGUCGCCGGGACCAAAUCAAAGUACCAGGCUAAGGUAGCAAUGCUUGUCUCAGCUGUUGCUGAAUCCAUGUCAAUAGCAGAGUCUGACAUCAAGAUCCAACUUUACGACGCGAACGUGGACGACAAUUACAAAGAUGAUUGGCAACAGGUCAAAAAUACUGACACGGCAAGUGGCAAGGUCAUGCUGACUUAUAACAACGACAUCUUCCGUGAUGGGAACAGGGCUGCAUACCAAGUCUGGGCCGGAGCUUUGGUGACUGAUGUAAAGCAAGCCAACAGUGCUAUCAAUACAGCAAUGAUGCAGGAUGAUUGGAAACCAAAUUUCUCGAGAAAACGAACGAUUCUGAGAUUCUUUGGUUUCGCCUAGGCUAAGCUCCACGUUUGACUUACUUUCCCUUAUUUCGUUUCGCUUCCAUUUACCUUUUCCCCAUCUCUUCUUCCUCUAUAUCUCUUGACAAAUCAAAGCUUUUAUGUGUCCUC